AUACUCUUUGAUUAUCAGUCGGUACGAGUAUCAAUUGUCAUUGUCUCGUCAAAUUGAUUUUUUGACAAAUAUGUACGAAUAAAUCGUAAUUCAUUUUCAGAUAUAAUCUUGUAAUUUACGUUUCUUUUUAUCGGCUACGGAGAAUAAUAUAAUUAUUUGUACAAACAAGAGAAAACACUAAGACUUCAUCACCAUGGAGGACGUUUUAGAUGAAGUUGUGUCGUCCGAAGAUUUGCAAAAAUUCGAACAAGUAUUUCACGAGCAAUUGCAUAAAGGUAACAUAACUCAUAAAGCGCAAUUCGAGUACGCUUGGUGUCUGGUACGAAGUAAAUACCCUACAGACAUUCGUAAGGGAAUCUUGCUUCUUAAAGAGCUGUUCAACUCCCAUCCAGAUGGGAAAAGAGACUACUUGUUCUACCUUGCUAUAGGCAAUGCCAGGAUCAAGGAGUACAACAAAGCUCUGCAUUAUGUAAAGGCAUUCCUUGAGAUUGAACCUGCUAAUCAACAAGUUUUGACAUUGGAGAGACAAAUCAACAAAAGAAUGGAGAAGGAAGGUUUACUGGGUAUGGCUGUGGCGGGCGGUGCUGUGUUGGCCAUCGGUGGGCUUGUGGGACUCGGUAUUGCACUCGCCUCUAGCAAGAAAUAGCAAAUAGCUUUACUAAUGAAUGCUAUUAUUGGUGUUCAUACCUUCUUCUAAAAGAAGAAGAUAAAAAGAGAGUAAAGGAAGAUAGAAGAAAAAUCACCAAAAAAAAAUAGAAAAUUUCACUAAAUAAUUUCAUAAUACUUGUUGUAUAAAUGUCAGCUGUAUGCUUAAUGGUAAAUAUUUUUUGUGUUGUCAACUGCGCACGAUUCAGUAACUUUUAAAUGUUGCCACUUUUCUAGAUUUGGUAGGAAUUGGUAGAUUUGAUAAUAUCAAUUGCAUAAUUUUGCUUAUCGU